AUGGCGUCAAAAUCCUCAAAGACAGUAGCUGUCCAGCGCGCCGAACCGCACGGCUAUGAAUUUGGUGGCCCACUCGGUGCUUUCGGUAUCUCUUUCGGCCUGCCAAUCGCUGUCUAUGCUGCGACCUUCCUCUGUAAUGACAUUUCUGGUUGCCCAGUACCCUCGGCACUUUCUCCCUCGACCUUGACCAUAGAGCAACUCAAGCGCGACGUAGGAUGGCCAGCAGAUGGAAUCUAUGGAUUAGCGAGUUGGGAUGUGAACAUGAAGGUGCUGGGAUACUAUCUGCUUAGUUUGGUCCUUCAUCGGGUACUACCAGGCGAGGAGAUAGAGGGGGUUGAGCUUGCGGCUGGAGGAAAGCUCAAGUACAAGCUCAACACAUGGUCCUCUACGAUGUUUACUUUCGCCAUUCUCGCUGCAGGCACUGCAUACCAAGGCGCAGACUUUCCGGUAUGGACUUACAUCUACGACAAUUACCUCCAAAUUGUCACGGCCAACAUGCUCAUAUCAUACUUUCUGGCAACAUUCGUAUAUGUGCGCAGCUUCAGCGUGAAGCCAGGCAAUGCGGAACUGCGCGAGUUGGCAGCUGGCGGACAUACGGGUAACAUGCUAUACGACUGGUUCAUUGGUCGCGAACUGAAUCCUCGAGUCACUCUUCCCUUCCUGGGCGAAAUCGACAUCAAGGAAUGGUGCGAACUGCGGCCAGGCUUGAUGGGAUGGAUUAUCUUGGACUUUACCUUCAUCGCCCACCAGUACAAGACAUAUGGCUACAUCACCGACAGCAUUGUCCUGGCCACAUUGUUCCAGACCCUCUAUGUCUUGGAUGCUUACUGGAUGGAGAACGCAAUUUUAACCACCAUGGACAUCACAACUGAUGGCUUCGGUUUCAUGCUUGCAUUCGGUGAUCUUGCUUGGGUACCCUUCGUCUACUCUUUCCAAGCCAAAUAUCUCGCUACAUACCCUUUGAGCCUGGGUCCCUAUGGCUGUGCUGGUGUCCUCAGUGUCCUGGGCUUCGGGUACUACAUCUUCCGGAGUUCCAACAACGAAAAGAAUCGGUUCCGAACCGACCCGUCCGACCCACGAGUCGCCCAUCUGAAGUACAUUGAGACUAAGUCUGGCUCUAAGCUUUUAACAUCUGGGUGGUGGGGAACAGCUCGCCACAUCAACUAUCUCGGAGACUGGAUCAUGUCCUGGGCCAUGUGCCUCACUACAGGUCUCUCUGGCUACCUCGUUCAGCACAGCUCGGUAGCUCCAGCGCCUGGCAUGUCCCUUGCCGACAAGUCAUUCGUCUAUGAAGGACCUACAAGCUACACUGAGGUCUUUCAAGGCUCCGCGAGAGGAUACGGCGUCAUCAUCACCUACUGGUACAUGUUCUACUUUGGUAUACUUCUCAUCCACCGUGAGAUGAGAGACGAAGAGAAGUGCAUUCGCAAGUACGGUGAUGAUUGGAAGCGAUACUGCGAGAUUGUCAAGUACAGGUUAAUCCCUGGUAUCUACUGA